UACUGCAGAAAGUACCACCUUAGGCGGCACUACUUCUGCUGAAACGACACCCUCAGUUAGUUCAACAGGAAUUGUAUUGGAAACAUCCACACCUGUAAUGACAACAGCUAUGAAAACAUCCACAGUUGUAACUACACCUGGCUUAACAUCUGCUGUUGAAUCCACAUUGGUUCAAACUACAUCUUCUGCAGAACGUUCUACCUUAAGCAUAACUUUUCCAGAAAGUUCUUCUCUAGGCACUACUUCUGCUGAAACGACACCAUUAAGGGUGUGGACAAGGCCAGCUGUUGCAGACGUUCUUUUGGAAAUAUCAACACCCAUGACAACUGCUGAAGCAGCAACCUCAACUGAAAACUGCUGCUUCUGCAGAAAGUACCCUAGGCACUACUUCUGUAGACAGUACCAUGUUGGAAAUGUCUACAACUGCAAUGACAGUACACAAAGUUGGGUUACAACGCCAGCUGCUGCAGAAACGACACAUUCAGUCAAAUCAACAGACGUUCCUUUGGAAACAUCAACUGUUGAAGCAACAACCUCACCUGAAAAUGGCUACUUAGUUAGUUCAACAGGAAUUGUACUGCAAACAUCCAUACCUAUAAUGACAGCAGCUAUGAAAACAUCCACAGUUGUAACUACACCUGGCUUAACAUCUGCUGUUGAAACCACAUUGGCUCAAACCACAACAUCUCCUGCUGAAACCACAUUGGCUCAAACUACAGCAUCUGCUGUCGAAACCACAUUGGUUCAAACUACAUCUUCUGCAGAAAGUUCUACCUUAAGCAUAACUUUUCCAGAAAGUUCUUCUCUAGGCACUACUUCUGAUGAAACGACACCAUUAAGGGUGUGGACAAGGCCAGCUGCUGCAGACGUUCUUUUGGAAACAUCAACACCUAUGACAACUGCUGAAGCAACAGCCUCACCUGAAAAUGACUACUUUUGCAGAAAGUACCCUAGGCACUACCUCUGUAGACGGUACCAUGUUGGAAAUGUCCACAACUGUACUGACAGUACACAAAGUUGGGUCACAACGCCAGCUGCUGCAGAAACAACACAUUCAGUCAAAUCAGCAGACAUUCUUUUGGAAACAUCAACUGCUGAAGCAACAACCUCACCUGAAAACUACUUUUGCAGAAAGUACCCUAGGCACUACCUCUGUAGACGGUACCAUGUUGGAAAUGUCCACAACUGUACUGACAGUACACAAAGUUGGGUCACAACACCAGCUGCUGCAGAAACAACACAUUCAGUCAAAUCAGCAGACAUUCUUUUGGAAACAUCAACUGCUGAAGCAACAACCUCACCUGAAAAUGGCUACUUUUGCAGAAAGUACCCUAGGCACUACCUCUGUAGACGGUACCAUGUUGGAAAUGUCCACAACUGUACUGACAGUACACAAAGUUGGGUCACAACGCCAGCUGCUGCAGAAACAACACAUUCAGUCAAAUCAGCAGACAUUCUUUUGGAAACAUCAACUGCUGAAGCAACAACCUCACCUGAAAAUGACUACUUUUGCAGAAAGUACCCUAGGCACUACCUCUGUAGACGGUACCAUGUUGGAAAUGUCCACAACUGUACUGACAGUACACAAAGUUGGGUCACAACGCCAGCUGCUGCAGAAACGACACAUUCAGUGAAAUCAGCAGACAUUCUUUUGGAAACAUCAACUGCUGAAGCAACAACCUCACCUGAAAAUGGCUACUUUUGCAGAAAGUACCCUAGGCUACACUAA